AUGCAACGUUCAAUAUCAUCUUCUUCUUCCAAAAAUGUGUGUAACCAAAUUCUCCGGCUCGGGAAACAACUCAAGCCGGGGAUGAAUAAACAUCGCACACCAUGCGAUGUUUUUAUAAACCAUAGGGGAAUCGACACGAAGCGAAAUGUCGCGGGGUUGUUAUACGAACAUAUUAAAAAUAAUCUCGGGCUUCGUCCAUUCUUGGAUAGCAAGAACAUGAAGCCCGGGGAUAAAUUGUUCGAUAAAAUCGACCCCGCGAUUCGCCAUUGUAAAAUUGGGGUGGCUAUUUUUUCACCUCAAUAUUGUGAUUCAUAUUUUUGUUUACAUGAGUUGUCUCUAAUGAUGGAAUCGAAAAAGAGGAUUAUACCUGUUUUUUGUGAUGUUAAGCCUUCUGAGCUUGCUGUUAAGGAUUUGAAUCUUAAUUUUCCUAAUAAGGAUUUGGAGAAAUUUAACUUGGCUCUUGAGGAGGCAAAAUACACCGUUGGACUCACAUUUGAUACCUUAAAAGGGGAUUGGUCAGAAUUUUUGGUAAAAGCUUCAGAUGCAAUAAUGAAGAACUUGUACGAGGUAGAAAGAGAGAAGUUCAUCAACAGAAAAAAAUAUAUUCGUCGACAACAUCUUUUGCACAACUAUUGA